GCAUUCUUUUCUUUUGUUGAUGCUGAAGGACUGGGGGCGGCGGGGACUGCAACACUCUUCUGGCUUCCAUCUGAUAAACUCCCGGGCAAGUAAAACGGCCAAAUAAGGUGACGGAAGGAAUACGCGUAGUACUAAAAGCUAAUAUCUUUCUUUCUCUCUUUCUCUCUCACGCACGCAUAAUCGCGGCGAGACGAUGCUUGGAUCGGGAGAGGAGGGGUGGAUUCGCUACGUACUUUAAACUGUGAUACCCUAAACCGCAACGGAGAGAGCGAGAGAGAACGGCGCGAGGACGACGACGCGGUGUAUUUUUUCAUUGGUGUUCUUCACCGCGCUUUUCUUUUGCACUGGACGACCUUCACCUCUGCUUGUGUGCUCCUUCUUGCAUUCGUUUGCUCUUUGAAACCUUCAAAAAUACACUUAUCUUAUCUUUUUUUCCCCUCCUCUUUUCCUCUAUUGAGUUGGCUCACCACGCAGCAUGAAGAACGACAGUCGCGGUGGCAAGCUGGGAGAGUUGAUGGCCAAAGGCUUCAGCAAGACGAAGUGCACACAGGCGCUGAAGGACGCCGGCAACAAUGCGACCCUCGCACUGCGCCUUCUAGAACGUCAAAAGCAGCAAAACGAGCUCUCCCACGCACCACCGCGCUCAGCGGACGCGAAGCUCGUCGCGAGUAACGGUCAAGCAACGAGUGGCGGUGCAGCGUCUUCGCCGCUCACGUGCUCCGCGGCGGCGUCGAUCCCUUCUCUUCACCGAGCGCGCAGCGGAGGUGCGGGAGCGCUUCCGCUGACGGACGCGCAGAAGAAGUUGCAGCGCCAGCGGGAGCGGCGCCACCCGUGCGUGGUGCAGUACGGCUCGUGUCAGUACGGUGACUUCUGCCUGCUGAAGGACUUUCCGGGCGACGUGUGCGUGCAGCACUUUCAGGGCUGCUGCAUUUACGGCUCCUCGUGCCGGCAUCGUCACUGCGUGGACGGUGUCGACGUGCGGGAGGUGCUGCGCGAGGCACAGGCCGCGGAGGCGGCGGCACUGCAGCUGUUCUACAAGGACGGCGCGACCUACCGCGUGGAGGAGGGGGACGGGGAUACGAAGGUGCAGGUGGCGACGUUGGUGGAGCGCAACGCCGUCGACGACCCCUCUCACUACCCCACAACGGCACCUGAGGACGCGACGGUGCGGCGCACGAGCGGGCCUGGCUUCCCGUCUCCCCUCGCCAAUGCGCACUGGCACGCCGAUCCGAGUCAGCGAGGCGGCACCACCGUCGUAGCGACAGCUGACGACGACGGCGACGGAGAAGAAGGGAGGGACGAGGACUUCGGCGACGACGACAGCGGCGGCCCGCUCGCAGCGGCGCAGCACCCCACCCCGUUUCUCGAUCGCGCUCGGGCCGGAGCCGCACCGGCCGCUGCUCGGGCGUCCUCGGCAGGGGUGGUGGGUGGGGGCGGAGGAGGUGCUGCCCGGCCUCCGCGUCGGCGGCACCCGUGCAUCGCGCAGUACGGCAGCUGCAAGUACGGCGACGCCUGCCUGCACGCCGACCGGGACGCCGAUGUCUGCGUUCACUACCUGCACGGCCGCUGCCGCUUCAGUGCGGCGGACUGCAAGUACCGGCACGAGUCCGCGGCGGAGUACCAGCGGGCGUUGCGGCUCCGUGCAGGACUGGACGACGACGCUGCGGAACCGCGUCGGACGUCAUCGUCGACCACCGCCGCCGCUGCGCACGUGACACGACCCAAAAAACGACUGCAAGGUAUUGGGGGAAUGGGCAUGGGCGGUGAUGGUGGCAGCAACAGUCUCUCCAACGGCGGGGGAGGUAGGGGGGAGGAGCAGGCAGGCGCAAAACAAGUCUCCGCUGCCACCACUGCCUCGCCGCUGCCCUCGUUUGACGACUUGAACGCUUUGUCCGCCACGCCGUCGAGCGAGACGUCCUCUCCCCCCGACCCGCACAUCAGCGAUGCCGAGACGCGCGUGUUUCUCUGGCUGGUCGAGGCGUACCCCGCGGUGGAGCCGGCGGUGGUGCUGCAGACGCUGCGGCUCUGCGGCGGCGACCCGGUGAAGGCCAGCGACAUGAUCGGCCAGUUCGGUUCCGCGCUGAUGUCCUUGACGGAGGGGGACGACAUAGCCGCGGCGCUCGCCCUCGCAGCUGCGGAUGAGGCGGCUGAGCGAGAGACGGCCACGGCUGCCGCGCACAACUCCUUGUUGACCUUAGUAAUGCUCUUCCCCUCGGUGGAGGUGGCCGCGGUGGAGGCGGUGUUGACGCAGCAGAAGAACGACUUUGCUGCGGCGUAUAACGUGCUGCUCUGCGCGCAGGAGAAGAUGGUUCGCGCCGCACUGUGGCGCGGCAGCUCUGCGGCUCUCAGCCCGGCUGAUCAGCUGCGGGUGGAGAAGCUGUACAGGAUGUUCCCUGGACUGCACUCCGACAUCGUGCGCAGCGCCUUCUGCGCGACGGGGCACGACUGGAGCGGCACCACGACGGCGCUGAAUGAGCUGACAAAGGAGCUGCUCUCGUUGGAGGCGGUGGAGGCGCCGACGGGGCCCGUGGUGUGGCGCCCGCCAACAGCGAAGGGGGAGCGUUGUGGUGAUGGCGACGCUCCUGUGCGGGCCGCUUCCUCUGCCGCACCGCCGUUCGCUCCGUCGGUGGGGGAGACGAGCGCGGACGCCUACGAAGCCUACCGCGCCGCCGAGAAGGACAUCCUCAGCUACGGUGAUUGGCGGCAGGUGCGGCAGCAGGCGUACCUCCUCAACAGUCAGCGCAUUCGCGUGCUCGGGCAGGCCUCGGCCGCCUUUCAUCAGGGCGACGGGCGCACGGCGAAGUUGCUGAGUCGCGAGGGCCAUCGCAUGACCGUCGAGUACAAUCGGCUCAAUCGCAUGGCGAUGCUGGCGCUGGAGCAGGAGCGGCUGCGCACCGACGCCACGAGCACGUUGGAUCUACACGGCUUCCACACCGCUGAGGUGCACGACAUCGUGGUGCGGCGGGUGGAAGUGUGCCAGCGGAAGCGGGUCGGGCGUCUGCGGUUGGUGGUCGGGGAGGGCCUCCACAGCAAGCGAGGCCGCACCACCCUCUACCCCGUCUUGAUGGAGGAGCUGCGCACCGAUGCGUACUUGAAGUCGGCCACGAAGGUGAAGUCCGUAAAGCCGGGCUACGUGGACGUCGCCGUGCUGCUCCCCGCGAAGGACUCGUAG